GCUAGUCCGACUAUUAAGUCCGUGGUUUCAACUCACAAGUGGGAUCCUCCACCGCACUCUCGACCCGGUCGUCAUGGCAGGCGAAGCUUAUCUCCUCCUCUCCCCCCUCCAGCGGAACCUGUCCCGGAGACUCGUCGAGUUCUACUCAAACGAAAAGCGAGUACAAGCGUGGAACAAGAAGGCAGCAAUUUUGCUGCGCGUAGCAUGAAAGAUUUCCUCCAGCACCAAGAGGACGCCUCGGCACAAAGUGCCAGCGCCAAACGUCAGCGAUCUAGUGUUGUUGUGGUGCCCCCGGCCACCUCACAGGCACCUGCUUUCGAUCGUCGUGAAGUCUGCCCGAUUCUCGUGCGGGUGUUCUACUCCACUGACGGCCGACACACCCCACUCUCGUAUUUCUCCAAUGGGAAGUUCCCGCCCUCGGAAGUUCAAGUAAACACAUGGUUGAACGUGAGCUUGAGGGAGUUAUCACAGGAGGUGAUACACGCAGUGAAGUCUUCAGGGACCUCCAACAGAAGACCAGCCCUUCGCAUGGGUCGUCCAAUGCGUUUUCACUUCACCUCAGUUUUCCCCGAUCCUGGUCAACGAGGUGCUUAUCGUAGGCGCGAACUGGGGUCUUUUGUGAUGCCUACCAGUGUUUUCGCGGAACAGGAGGAAAAAUCAGGCCUUGACGACGGCGACAUUACCCUCAGUUCCAAACACUUUCAGAUUGGUGACUAUGUAGAUGUUGCAAUUUCUGCAAUUGGUUAUGAUGCGCCCCGUGGCCCGUUUGGCGAAGUGGAUCGCAGAUCGCGGGGGAAUGACCGCACGAAUUAUGACAAACGACUUCAGGAAAAAAAUGGCAUUACCCGCUACUAA